GUUAGUGCCAGCAAUCCUCCUGUCCUCACCGUUCAUCUUCGUUCAACCAUCAUCAUCAAGUCCUUCCACGAACAACAACCGGGCAACACAGCAACAAUGGCGACCCUCACCAUCCCGCCAACCCAACAAUCCACCACCGCAACCGCAGCCGCAACCACCACCCCCUUGGAUGCGCCCAUAACCACCCAAACAACCCCUCAAACCCUCACCAUCUCCCUCCAAAACAACACCCCCUCCCCCACCGUCUACGCCUACAUAACCGGCCAAACCCUUUCCGGCGGCACCCUCUUCAUCCUCUCCUCCACCGGCACCACCCCCUACACUUUCCCCUCGCCAAUAACCCAAACCCUAACCCCCAUCCCCUCCUCCCUAAUCUCCAUCCCGCUCAACCCCCCCUCCUCCCCACCUAAGACCGUCACAAUCCCCCGCUUAGCGGGAGCACGGAUCUGGUACUCGGUCGGUUCCCAACUCCAAUUUUUCUUGAAUCCGAUUACCGGCCAGGAACAAGAUGGUAAAGGGCGGGGGGUAGCGUUGGUAGAACCGAGUGUGACGAACGAGAGUGAUGUCAACUAUGAGAAGGAGUGGGGGUUUGCCGAGUUUACGUUUAAUGAGUAUCAGCUGUUUGGGAAUGUAUCGAUGGUGGAUUUUGUGGGGAGGUGUCCUGUCUCUCUUGGAGUAAUCAGAGAUACGGGGAGGGCGGGAGAUGUGCAAGAGGUGGAGGGGAUGGGGUAUGGAAGUGGAUUAGAUCGGGUUAUUGAUGGAUUAAGACAGACGGGAGGGGAUUGGGAAAAACUGGUCGUAAGAAGGAAACAAGAUGGGGUGGUGACGAGGGUGUUGAGUCCCAAUUCGGCGGUGGUGAUGGCUUCCCAGAGGGGCGAGAGGUUGUUCAGCGGGUAUUAUGACGGGUAUGUGAGGGAUGUUUGGGAGAAGUAUAAGAGAGAAGAUUUGGUGGUGGAUACGCAGAAUAAAUGGGGGGUGGUUAGGGGGAGGGUUGAUACGGCGACGGGGUUGUUGACGUUCCCUAUCCCGGGUUCCGGCACUGGUGGGAAGAUUACAUUCGGACAGCCGUCGGCGGCGGAUAUCUUCUCUUGCUCCACGGGUCCGUUCGCCUUUCCACCGUUGCCGGCGAACCCGACCGAAGCCGAUCUCGAUGUCCAGGCGUUUCGAGGAAAUGUCGGGGCGCGUCUGGCGGCGGCAUUCAACAGGAGUACGUUGUUGAUUAAUCCGAACCAACCGGCUGGCGAGGUGAUCAGUACGUUCUACAAGAGCAAUGCGGUGACGAACCACUAUAGCAGGGUGGUGCAUGAGAAUAGCCCGGGAGGAAGGGGGUAUGCGUUCCCAUAUGACGACGUGUCGAGGACGGAGGAGGAGAAUGUGGCUGGGACGGUGGCAGCCGGGGAUCCCAAGGUUUUUGUUGUGGCGGUGGGUGGUGGAAAGGUGAACUUUGCGGCGUUGGGAACGGCGGGCGUGUCGAGUGCGGUGACUGCUACCGGCGGUGCGGAGAAGGGGGAGAAGAGGGUGGCUACUGAAGACAGAGGAAUGAGAAGUGGGAGAGGGAGGGUAAAGAGAAUCAGAGGGUUGUUGAGGAGGGCUGUGGGUUGGGUGAGAGGAUGAGGUGUGGUUUUUGUUGUAUCAUUUUGCUUCUUCUGGCGCCUGUCUUUCCUGUAUUUAUGGUGAUAUUUUCAUACACAUAGCGAUCAGUACCUAUCUCGUCUUCGUUAACUAGACACGAAUGUCAAAAUAAGCUUAUUUCGGUGAUAGUGGAGCGGGAAGAGAGAGC